UUAUCUGUUGACAGUUUUGUCCGAGGAAGCUCCAAGAUUUUGUUUUAGCGAACUUGUGUUAGAAGUUGAGCUUCAGUUCAAUUAGUGCGUCUGUCCUGGACUUUUAAUGGUUGUGUUUGAACCGAGAGAUGGAUGAAGACGAACGGCGGAGGAAGCUAGAAGCGGGGAGAGCUAAGAAAUCAUCCAACAUGCCACGAAACCAGACGCUUGCUAGCUUCAGACAGAAGCGGGCGAAAAGCGACAGUGCGGGGACGGCGAAAAAGACGCCGAAGAGGAAGGGCUCGACUGUCCCGACGAAUGACGGCUCAACGCAAGACCGUCACGUAGAACCAGUACCUCCAUCAGCCACUGACACAGAGUUGAACAGAAAGACCAACCAUGAGGAACCUCACAAAUCACAGAAAUCUGUGGUUCAGCAGAAACAAAGACAGAUGGAUGAGCCCCCCACCCUGAAGCAAAGCCUGUCCCCUGUGGAAGAGCUUGGACAUGAGGAGCUACUUGCACUUACUGGCAAAGAACAGCUUAAGCAAUUACAAGAGGCUGUGGAGAAGCGUAAUGACAUAAUUGCCAAGCUAAGCUCCAACCUACAGGAGGCACUGGCCAGCAGAGACCAGGUGCAGCUGGAGGCACAGUCACUUGCUGGACAGAUUCAGGCUCUACAGAGGCAGCUCCAACAGACCAGUGCAGAGUUUCUGCGAAUCAAAAGCCAGUCAGAUUCUGAAGUCCUCAACACUCAUCGACAACAGCUUCAAAGUGGCCACAGCUCCCGAGACGCAGACAUCAAUCAUAAGGAGGCACCAACAGAGGGAUCAGGAAGUGAAGGACCUGCCUCUCAAUCAAGUGUCGAAGGCUUCAACAGUGACAGUGACCCCGACAUGGACAUUGUUGUGCACAAACUGAGGGCUGAGCUGGAAGAAGAACGAGAAAAGAGUCGACACAUAUGUGCUGAACUCUCUGAGGAGCUGGAGAAACACCAGCAUGUGCUUUCUUUACUGGAGAGAGAGAAGAACGGAAGGGAAGAGGAGAGAAAAGAAAAGGAUGCACAGCUGCAAGACCUCCAGAACCAACUGAGCCAAGUCCAGUCCCAGUGCCUUGAGAUGCAGCAAUGCAAAGAGGAGAAGGAGAAACUGAACAGAGAAGUUCUGGAGCUGAGGAAAAGACUUCAGGAGGAAGAAGAUGCAGAGAGGAAAUUAAGUGAAAAGGUGGCCACCUCUGCCCUUCGUCUCCAGAGCCUCGAGGAGGAAAGACAAAGACAAGAAGAGGAGAUGCAGAUGCUCAAAGAGGAACAUAGGGAGGAGGUGGAGAGAGUCAGGCAGCUGCUGGAGGAGAGGGAGAAAGAACUGAAGUUCAGAGAAGAAGAGGUCAUGGGACUUAAAGCUUCUAAAAAUCGACAGAACCAAGCAAAAGCUGGUUUUAGUUGUGAUGAAAGUAUUAGUGCAGAUAUGGACAAUCUGGAAAGUGGACCCAAUGAAGACAGCAUGAAUGUAUCAAUACAUGGGGACGUUAUGAUGGAGAGAUACUUUUUUUCGGUUCCUCUCGCACACUCUCAGUCCUCAUUGGUCAAUGAAAGCUUUGAACACUGCAGUCAGCUGGACGUCUCUGCAGACCACAGUUUUGAGCUCAACAGUGAAGUCUUGGGUGAAGAGCCCCUGCUUUCAAUUUCAAACCGUCUCCUCGAUGAAAACAACAGCCUCUCUAUCCCACAGUGCCAUGACCCCGGGACUGACAGUUCAAAUCCUCCAAGUCUGUCUCAGUGGCUUCACAACUCCACAUGUGGAGAUCUGGACAGGAGUAAACUGUCCGAGGAGCAGUUUGAGGAGACGGACCUGGAAAAAGAGCUGCUGAAUCAACAGUGUGGCGAGCUCCGUGAGGAGCUGGCUCUCAAAGACAGGGACUUGAAUGUGUUGAGGGAGGAGGUUGUCAAUAGUGCUGAAGAGCUGGAGGAGGCCAGGAGUAGGUGGGCUCAACAUUUUAAUCUCUGA